UGUCAUGAGGAACCCAUAAAGCUUUCAUUGACCAAAGAUCGUGUUAGGGUUUUGUUCGUCAGUGAUCAAACCCUAAUGGGUCGAAGGCAGAUCGACUCUGAACCAACGCGUUGGGUCUCACUGACCCUCCUUUUGAUGGGCCUUUUCUCUUGCUCCCUUGUCUAUAUGUUCAUGACUGCGGUUUUGAGACCCAAUGAAAACAGCAAUUUUUCGUCAAUCUCAGAAGCUGAAUCUCUAAAACUGGAAGAAAAUGAAGGUGGGUGUUGUAGAGGGAUCGAUAACUUUGAGUUGUGGGGUGCUGCUGUGAAGUGGGGUUCGGAUUUCAAGUUCAAUUCGUCAAUUGAAUGUUGUGAAGCUUGUAAGACUAUGUGUAAUGGUAACGAUGGGCCUUGUUUGUGCGAUUCUUGGGUGUUUUGUGGGAAUCCUGAUGCCUGUGGGUCAAAAUUGGGCGAGUGUUGGUUGAAGAAACAAAAGGAUCCUUUGUCUCCGGAUAAGCGAGAAGGAGGAGACAACAUAUGGACUUCUGGCCUUAUAUACGGAAAAGGGGAGGGGAUCGUGAAAUUGGAAACGAGAUAUGGUACUCUUCACAUAAAACUUCUCCCCGAUUGUGCUCCACGUUCAGUUAUGUACAUUCUUGAGUUGUUGACGAUGCGUCAUUGUGCGGGUUGCCAGUUUUAUCGAGCCGAAGGUCGUGGUCAGUCCUGGGACUCUAAAGGAAAUCACUUGAAAUCUGCGUCUUUUGGACCUCCGUUUGCUUUGAUUCAAGGAACACUUGAAGCCGAAGGAGUUCCGUUUAAGAAAAUACCGACGGAAGAAUGUCCGAUCAUUGAAAGGGGUUCAGUUGCAUGGAUCGGUUCCGGCCCAGAAUUCUUUAUCAGCCUAGCGAAUCACGAAGAGUGGAAAAAGACGUACACGGUUUUCGGAUAUGUUCUUCCUGAAGACAUGGCAAUCGCCGAGAAAAUUGCGACGCUUCGCACGAUACCAGAUGUUUGGAACAACAUUAACGUGUCGGUAUUGGAAAAGCCAGUAUCCUUCUCGUUUAAAAGGAUUAACAAAGUUUCGAUUGAGACUUAGGUUGUUUACGUUAAAAGUUUUUAUCAUUUUGAGAUCGAAUCUAUGGCUUCGUAUUAAAUAGAAGCGUCUUCCGUUUCGAGCUUUGUUCGAAAGCGAAAACUUUUUUCAUUUAUAGUUUUUGAUUGAUUUAUGGAAGGGAAUCGGUUAACCAUAA